AGUAUAUGCUGAUGUUGUCUCUCCGCUCCACUGCGCGGAGCGGCGACGAGCAAAUCCCGAGGAGGAUGAGAAGCGGCGGCGGAAAAGCCUCGCGUCCAGCGUGGAAGGCCGUCCCGGCGACGGACGAUGAGCCGGAGGCGGCGGUCGCUGCCGGGGGUUUUCGGGGCAGCGGGGCGGGGGCGAGGAAGAAGUGGGCGGGGCCGCGGGCAUGGCUGGCGGUGGACGCGGCGGGGGUAGCCCGGGUGGUGGAGGCCGGGAAGCACGACAUCAUGCGCCGGACGGGGCUCCCCGGCCGCGAUCUCCGCAUCCUCGAUCCCCAGCUCUCCUGCCCCUCCACCGUGCUCGGCCGGGAGCGGGCCAUCGUCGUCAACCUCGAGCACAUCAAGGCCAUCAUCACCGCCCACGAGGUCCUCCUCCUCAACUACCACGACCCCUCCGCCGCUCCCUUCGUCCACGAGCUCCAGCAUCGCCUCAGCCGCCGGCAUCGUGGCCGGGACCAGGAUGGUGGGAUGGGCAGCAGUGCAGAUUUGACUAAGGUGUAUGAUUUGGAGGACCCAAAGACGAGGACCGACGGGCCAUAUCAUGUAUCGCAAGAUCUCAGUGGUUCUGGAGGCCUACUGGCAGAACAUGACGAGGAUGAGAAAGGAAAGGAGGAGCCAGUUUCGAGUCAUGGGCCGAGGGAUCUACCUUUCGAGUUCAUUGCGCUUGAAGCUUGUCUGGAGGCCGCGUGCAGCUGCCUAGAGACUGAGGCAGCAACACUGGAGAAAGAAGCACAUCCAGCCUUGGAUAAGCUGACAUCAAAGAUAAGCACACUUAAUUUGGAACAUGUUCGUCAGAUCAAAAGCCGAUUAGUUGCCUUAAGUGGGCGUGUGCAGAAGGUAAGGGAUGAACUUGAACAACUAUUGGAUGAUGAUGAUGAUAUGGCUGAGAUGUAUCUGACACAAAAGUUGGUGCAGCAGGAUCCCUCUGAUGGAUCAUCUAAUUCUUCUUUAUACAAUCAUGGCAACAUCAUGGACGAUUACAGGGCAUGUGCUGAAAUUAUAUCCGACAAUGACAUUGAAAAUAAUCGAGAUGGUGAUUCUCAAAAUAUUAAUCUUCAUUAUCGUGCUUCUGAACCCAAUAUUAUCAAUGUCGAUAGCCACGGAACUCGUACCUACAGUACAAGAAGUAGCAGCAAACAUCUUGAUGUAGAAGAGCUUGAAAUGCUUUUGGAGGCUUACUUCAUUCAGAUCGAUAGCACAUUAAACAAACUAUCAACGCUGAGAGAAUAUGUUGAUGAUACAGAGGACUACAUCAACAUAAUGCUGGAUGACAAGCAGAACCAUCUCUUACAAAUGGGGGUCAUGCUAACCACCGCAACCUUAGUGGUUAGUGCCUUUGUCGCCCUCGUCGGAGUAUUUGGCAUGAACAUUCAAGUUGAUUUGUUUGAUAAGAAGAAAUCUGGGAUGUUGGAGUUUCUGUGGACCAUCGGAGGGGGAACCUUCGGCAGUGUGUUCCUCUAUGUGAUAGCUAUUGCUUGGUGUAAGCGCAGGCGCUUGCUCGAGUAGUAUUUUCAUCUUGCCAAUGCCAUCAUCAGCCACUCCAAACGAAGAGUUGAGCCAUUGCUUUGAUUUGAUGAUUGUGAAUUUAGCUGCUGCAUGAAUGUUUGUCUGGAUAUAUUUGUCGGUCUGUAGAGUUAUUAUUGUGUUGUAUUGGAUGUGGCUGCUGCAUGAUGUGUAUUUGGACACAUUUGCCUGUUUGUAGACUACUCGAACCCGAGAAAUUAUGAUGUGUUGUUGUGUAAUC